AUGCCAAAGUCCGAACUUGGAAAGGACGUCAACAGGACUCAAUGGAGACAGAAGCAAAGAUCUGGAAAUCAAACAUACCCUUUGGAGCCGUACUAUGAUACUGUGGACGACCAGGAGCCUGUUCACAAUGUGCACCUACAGCCUGCCAGGCCAACUCACCAUGAACGGGAGUAUGCUGACAGGGAUCUCCCGAGGUCUUCGUCAGCUCAAAGUCUCUCAUCUGACCUGACCACUAAUAAUUCAACAAACCACACCACGUAUCCUCCAAGAAAAACUAGCACAAAGCCUGCUCCUAUCAUCAACAGAGCUCUGAAGCCAGGAAGAAAGAAGCACUCAGCAGCUAACAUUUCACUGACGAUGAAUCAGCACGCAGGCCCGCCAUCACGCAGAUGUUCCCCGUCUCCACACUUCCCCUCAGAGCUGGUGAUGCAGCUCAAUGAGAUGGUUCUGCAGGAGAGCCCCAGGAGGCUGCAACAAAACACAACAACUCAUGUUUCAGAAUUCAGUUCAAACUGUCUUGACCCACACAACGAAAGGACAAGAGUCAUUUUUGAUUUGGAAGCUAAACACAUUGCUAAAAGGUGGUCAAAUGAGGAGCUUGAUUCAGAUGUCACUGAAGGCGACCACCAUCAGUAUCCUCCCACAAGAGAUAACUUUGUUUCGAUGGGAGAAUCACAGACCCAUAAAGACGAUGGCUGGAACAUCGGGUCGUGUAGCAGGACAGAUGCAGAGCACGCCUUGCAUCUCGUCAAUAAAGAUGGGGCGUUUUUAGUACGAGAUUGCUCCCUCGGCAGCAGCAGCGAACCCUUGGUCUUGUCUGUUUAUCAUGAGAAGAAAGUGUACAAUGUAAAAAUACGCUAUAUCGAGUCUCUCUGUAAGUUUGCCUUAGGAACAGGACAACGAUAUAAUGAAAUGUUUGACUCUGUGUCUGGUAUCAUCAAGUUUCACUCCAUCUACCCCAUUGCCCUCAUCUGUGCCAAGCAAGCACCCGGGAGCAGGAGUCCAGACAACUGUGUCCUGACCAUCCCAGUGACCAGAGAAGACGUGGACAGACUUCUACAGUGA